UCAGCUGCCUGUCCCUUUAAAAUCCUCCUGCAGGUUGAUACCCUGACGUCACCUGCUAGUGAGGGGCUGCCAGCCAGGGAGACGGAGGAGGAGGAAGAGAGCAUCUGCUGGGCAGCAGCAGCUAUGGCAGCAGCAGAGCACAGGUACCACGGGAGGACAUACAGGGCACAUGAUGGCGCUGGCACACAGGUAGAUUCCGAUUGUGUGUUUGUGGCUCCACCUUCGCCAGAGCUAUCUCCAAGGCCUAUGUCUUUGACCUCUCCUCGGCUCAGUCCUGCAGGAUCCGGCAGAUCCCAACCUGAAGGAUCCAGUGGCACACAGCCUUCCCUUCUGGGUGGACAACUGUCUAUCCGUCCUCUAGCUCCAGUUGGCUCUUCUGCUCCUGAUAGAUCACAACCAGAAGGGUCUCUGAGACUCCAUCCUGUAGGUUCUCCACUUAGUCCCAAAGAUGAGUCUGGCAGAUCACAACCAGAGGGAUCCUGUCCUGGUCUCUUAUCCCCAACUCAUCAGUAUAGGCCACUAUCUCCUCCACCAUCCUCACCUCGCCAUUCUCCAGCUCCUAGUCCCAGAAGCUCACCACACAUCGGCAGAUCCCAUCCCGGUGUACAUCCAAACAGACUUCAGGAUCCUCAUGUGAGUUCUCAUUGUACUCAUCCAGGCCGAGUGGAGACAGACCAAUCACCUUUCAGUGGGACCCUAGCAGGAAAUGAACAAAACAAAGCUGGAGAGGAUUUUAGGCUCUAUGUGAUAACAUGGAAUGUCGGCUGUUCCGUGCCUCCUACAGAUCUCACUUCCCUGCUCUGCCUUAAUGCUGGAGAUGGCAAGACUGAUAUGUUUGUUAUUGGGUUACAGGAGGUCAAUUCCAUGAUCAAUAAGCGUCUGAAGGAUGCUUUGUUUUCAGAUCAGUGGAGUGAGAUGUUCAUGGACGUCUUGAGCCCCUUCAGCUACGUGCUGGUCAGCUCUGUCAGGAUGCAAGGCUGCCUGCUGCUAGUAUUUGCCAAGUAUUUCCACCUCCCCUUCCUGCGUGAUGUUCAGACUGACUGCACAAGGACUGGCCUGGGAGGUUACUGGGGUAACAAAGGUGGAGUCAGUAUCCGAUUAUCCCUGUUUGGUCACAUGGUGUGCUUUCUGAACUGUCAUUUGCCUGCUCACAUGGAGAAUUCUGACCAGCGUGUGGAUAAUUUUGAGAGCAUCUUGCAGCUUCAGCAGUUCCAGGGUCCCCUGGCGAAUGGUGUCCUGGACCAUGACUUGGUGUUCUGGUUUGGAGAUCUGAAUUUCCGAAUAGAUGACCUUGAUUUAUAUUUUGUGAAGUCUACCAUUCAAGGAAACAAGCUGUCUCUUCUCUGGGAGAAAGAUCAGCUGAACAUGGCAAAAAGUUAUGAGCCUGUGCUGUCUGGGUUUAUGGAGGGGCCUCUGACCUUCCCUCCUACAUACAAAUAUGAUGUUGGGACUAAUACAUAUGACACUAGCUCUAAAAAGAGGAAGCCCGCCUGGACUGACCGUAUUCUAUGGAAAAUGAAACAUCCAGUUUCACAGCCAGACACAAGCAGCAGUGCAUCCAAAGAUCUGUCGGUGGCACUGCUGAGCUACGGGAGCCAUAUGCACUACACAGAGAGUGACCACAAGCCUGUAUCUGCUAUCUUCUCUGUGAAGUUUUCUGCCUCUCUUGUUGCCCCACUGGUACACAUUUGGGUACGGGACGAGUGGCUCCAUCCUGUAGAUGCUUGUGUCACCUACCAGUGGUCUCCCAUAUUCAUGAAGAGCUCCUGGGACUGGAUUGGACUUUAUAAGGUCGGAUUUCGGCAUCAUAAAGAUUAUGUGUCUUAUGUGUGGGUGAAAGCUGAAGAUGAUACAGAUGGAGGACGACACAAGCACCAGGUGAUGUUCAGUGAAGAAUCGCUUCCCAAGGGCACUGGAGAAUAUCUCCUAGCUUAUUACAGCAACAAUAUGGGCACCUUAAUUGGUGUUACUGAGCCCUUCCAAAUCUCUCUGCCAGGUUCUGAAGCAGGCUCUUCGUCUGACAGCUCAGACUCCAGUUCAGAGGAAGAUAACAGCACGCAAGUACUGCUCCGACCCAAAUCUCGCAGCCCUAGCCCCAGCCCACGGAGCAGAAGUCCAGCCCUUGCACGUUUGCACGACCUUAUUCUUCCCAGCUCGUCCCGUCAGAAGAGUCGCAGUCCAUCCCCACAUAGGGCCAAGAGUCCCAAACAGGAAAGGCCUCAAAGGCCCCGAUCUAGGGAUCCUGUCCGUGAGACGCAAGGUAUUAAAGUGCACAGUCCUCAGGUGCCCCACACCAUCUCUGUGCCCUCAGUGAGACCUGAAGCUGUGGGCCAAGGCUUUAGUCCAAUCGUGACAAGUCCUGUCUCCCCUAAUUCACUUAGGAGAGAUACCAGCCUGCGAGUCUCUACUCCCUCAAAACAAACAGACUGACAAAACCAAACUCUGAGCCAGCAGAAGCUAAGUAGAGAGGGGCUUGUGGGAUCCUUUGCACUAGGAUAAAUGUUUAUUAUUUAUCUGAAAGUUAGGCAGUAAAAUAGAGGUAUUUUUAUGACCUAGUAUAUAACAUGUAUGGUGUCACCAUAUGUCAAUUUUAAAAUCACUACAAUACUCAGAGAUCACCACUAGGUGUCAUUCUAGUCUCAUUAAAAUUGACAUUUAAUAUAACCCACCUCUAAAAUAUAUAUAUGUUAAUCUUAACACCAUUUGUGCUAUAAUAUGACUCUAAUAUUGGGGGUAAUUCCAAGUUGAUCGCAGCAGG